GUCCUGUACACACUGCAAACUUUCGGGAGUGACAACCGCAUUAAAAUGCGGGAGUGAAUCCCCUAAAUGAACGUUCCAUGUGUGUACGGAACAAGACUCACUCCCGAAACGGCAACAAUGUAACCAUAGCAACGUACUGUAGUUAUCAAAAACAAUGGAAGCCCGCCGUAUAGCGAGUUUUGUUUUAGCUGCAGAUUACAGAAACAACAGACAGAAAAGUCGUGAUAACAUCCGCCAAAUAAUAUUAAACCGUUAUCGACAGAGGCGUCGUUAUUUUUUUCUGCUAUUUAAGUUAUUUCUACUAAACAACCUGCUCUCACUCGACCGUACUGUUUGGGUUGCUCCUAGACCCAUAGGCUGGUGGGAGCAGCUAAGGUGGAGGGAGACAGACUGGAUUCAAAACUUAAGAAUGAGUCAAAACACAUACCUCCAGCUCUGUCAUUUGCUUGCUCCUCACCUAAUGAAGAAAGACACUCAUCUAAGAAAGGCUGUCAGUGUCCAGAAGAGAGUGGCUGUUGCGUUGUGGCGGUUAGGUACACAGGUAGAAUACCGAACCAUAGCUCAUCUUUUUGGUUUAGGAAGAUCAACGGUGCAUGCAAUCACACGGGAGUUCUGCAAAGCUGUCUGCCAACAUUUACAACCCAUUUUUGUGUCCUUCCCAAAUGCCAAUGAGUCCGAGCAAAUAAUAGAUUCUUUUCUCUAUCAGUGGGGAUUUCCACAAGUAGUUGGCUGUCUGGAUGGUACACACAUACAAAUAGAUCGCCCUGAUGGCCCCAAUGCAACGGCCUACUAUAACCGAAAAGGGUUUUACUCCAUCGUCAUGCAGGCAGUAGUUGACCACAAAGGAAUAUUCAGGGACGUGUGCAUAGGCUGGCCAGGUAGUGUGCAUGAUGCCCGAGUGUUUGUAAACUCCGGAUUGUACAGAAAGGCACAGAGGGGCACUCUGUUUCCACCCAUCCCUUCAAAACGCAUUGAAGGCGUCGACAUCCCGUUAUUAAUAUUAGCUGAUCCAGCAUAUCCCCUACUCAGUUGGAUACAGAAGCCAUAUUCAGACAAUGGUCACUUAACAGAUGCUCAGAGGCACUUUAAUUUUAAAUUAAGCCAAAGCAGGAUGGCAGUAGAGAUGGCUUUUGGAAGACUUAAAAGAAGGUGGAGAAGCCUUGCACACAGAUGCGAGCACACCAUCAAGGCAAUCUGUCGCGUGGUGUUAACUUGUGCUGUUUUGCACAAUAUCUGUGAACGAGCGGGCGAAACCAAACCUUUGGAAGACAACAUCACAGAAACGCAUCAACAGGACGUCGACGAAGUUGACCCAGAGGCUAGAGAGGAAGCACAGGCUAUCCGACUUGCACUGACACAACAUCUCGCGGGAGUUCGUUAGGGCCCUCAUAAGAGACAUCCUGCACUCCCUUUCCUGCCGUUCCUCUUCAUCUCUAAGUUGUUCCCUCCUCA